UAGAGCAGCACAAAUUAGGGCCCACCAAGAUAGAAUCAAGGGAGGAGUGAAAAUAGAAGAGUUGGGGGUUCGUAUGUCAGCAAUGAGGGCUUGAGCUUCAGCAAAGAAAGUAUCAAGCUUGAGAUGGCGCUUUAUAGAUAGACUGACCUACAACUCACUUUUGAACCAGUCAGUGACGAGAUUCCUUAAGGGGUGUGUGGGGGCUGUAAAAACCUUCACUGAGCUGCUGCAACUAAGAAUAUUAAACCUGCAACUGCCUGUCGGAUCAUUCUUGCAUUCUCCAGUGAAAGGAUGCUGGCACACUUGCUGUCAUUUGGCCACUCUCUGGUGCGAAGGAAAAAUGUGGAUUGUCUAGAGGAGUCCAAGCUGUGCCGCUGCCUCUCCACUUUGGACCUUAUCGCCCUGGGAGUAGGAAGCACACUUGGGGCUGGGGUCUACGUCCUUGCUGGAGAGGUUGCCAAGGGCAAUUCUGGUCCCAGCAUCGUGGUGUCCUUCCUCAUAGCUGCUCUGGCUUCUGUGAUGGCUGGCUUGUGCUAUGCUGAGUUUGGUGCUCGGGUGCCCAAGACUGGCUCAGCAUACCUGUACAGCUAUGUGACAGUAGGGGAACUCCUGGCUUUCAUCACAGGAUGGAACCUCAUACUGUCAUAUGUCAUAGGGACCUCGAGUGUCGCCAGAGCUUGGAGUGGAACGUUUGAUGAACUCAUAGGGGGCCAUAUAGAGAAGUUCUGCAAAAUGUAUUUCAGAAUGAGCCUGCCUGGCCUGGCUGAAUACCCGGACUUCUUUGCAGUUUGUCUUAUCUUACUGCUUUCAGGUCUUCUGUCUUUUGGGGUUAAAGAGUCAGCAUGGGUCAACAAAAUCUUUACAUCUGUAAACGUGCUCGUUCUUAUGUUCGUCAUCGUCUCCGGGUUUGUCAAAGGAGAUUCUCUUAAUUGGAACAUAUCAGAAGAAACCCUCAUAAAUGUCACUGCUAUGACAAGGAAUCUCUCUUACACUGUGAAUGUCACUAGCGAUUAUGGUACUGGAGGAUUUUUGCCUUAUGGCUUUGGGGGAACGCUAGCUGGUGCAGCCACAUGCUUCUAUGCCUUUGUAGGGUUUGACUGCAUUGCAACCACAGGUGAGGAGGUGAAGAAUCCUCAGAGGGCUAUUCCCAUCGGUAUCGUUAUAUCCCUGCUGAUUUGCUUCUUGGCUUACUUUGGUGUAUCUGCUGCCCUCACCUUCAUGAUGCCCUACUUUCUGCUGGAUGAGAAGAGCCCUCUGCCCAUGGCCUUUGAAUUUGUUGGCUGGGGACCUGCUAAAUAUGUGGUGGCAGUUGGCUCACUCUGCGCAUUAUCAACCAGUCUGCUGGGCUCCAUAUUCCCAAUGCCACGUGUAAUCUAUGCUAUGGCAGAGGAUGGUGUGCUUUUCAAAGUGUUAGCCCGAAUCAAUCCUAAGACGAAGACCCCACUUAUUGCCACAAUGACCUCCGGUGUAGUUGCAGCUAUCAUGGCUUGCCUCUUUGACCUUAAGGCCUUAGUGGACAUGAUGUCUAUCGGAACCUUGCUGGCCUACUCUCUGGUAGCUGCUUGUGUGCUUAUUCUCAGGUAUAGGCCAGACUCUGUGUCGGAGAGCACCGGGAUCAGUGAAGAAAGCAGGGAGUUGGGUGAGUCUGAGCUGACUGAGUCUGAGUCGCACCUCAACCGGCUGAAGGACAAGGAUGUGACAAAGCUGCACUCGCUCCUCAACCCCUCGCUGCAGCCCACCCAGGGCUCAUCCACUGCCGUCAACAUGGCUGUCGGGGUCAUAGUUAUCGUAGUGUGUCUCAUAAGUGCCCUCACUACACACUAUGGACAAGAUGUCCUUGCUUUGGAGCCCUGGGUCCUGGGGACGUUGGCGGCAUCCUUGGUCAUUUUUUUCACGUGUGUCUUCUUGGUUUGUAGACAACCACAGACCAGCAAGAAGGUGUCCUUUAUGGUUCCUCUAUUGCCCUUUCUCCCCAUCCUGAGUAUAUUUGUCAAUGUCUACCUCAUGGUGCAGCUGAGUGGAGACACAUGGAUCCGUUUCUCUGUUUGGAUGACUGUGGGUUUCCUCAUUUAUUUCGGUUAUGGGAUAUGGCACAGCAGUGAGCACCAGAGGCAGCUGCAGGGCCCUGAUGGCAUGCCAGAGAAAAAAAGGUUCGUAAAGGACGGCGGCGUGGAAACGUUAAUCCAUCCGGAGAAGACCAGUCAGUUUUAAAGGAUGGCUGAUUAUACUUAGUUUUACAGACCCUACACCAACUUCCAGUCUUGCUGAGCAGUGCACCUACCCCAGGUUGUGUUGGGGAUUAGGAUCGCUGUUCAAUAAUGUAUUGUAGCCGUUCUGACUGAUUAGUACCCUCAAGAGGGUUGUGAUGGGUUAAUGUUAAUAGACAAUGUAGGAAAUAUGAACUUAUCUCUGUCAUUACUGCUGUGCAUUUGUGCAUUAGUGAGUGUCUUAAUAAUUUCAGCUCUAAAUGAGCUUUUACAGAAUUUUAGACAGUAAACUACAAUUACCUCUAGUCUACAGUUACCUCUAAUUCAUAUGUAGUAUCUUUAAGAUAUUUCAAACAGUGAAUAGUUAGCUCCGAGAGCAUUCACUACUUGAGAAUAAUCUGUCAGACUUUACUGAUGAAUUUUUUUUUCUGUUAUUUUGUUUUAUUUUAAUGACCAUAACUAUGAGUAUUCACAGUAUUUCUAAUCCAAAAAAGCCUUUUUUUUUUGCCACAUUUUUCUUUCCUUACCUUUUCCCUUCAAAGCGCAUAUUAUAUGAUAAUUACCCAUUUCCCAUUUAUACUUUUACUUUCAAAGUGGCAUGUAGUAGAAUUAGGAUGUUUGGAACUCUGUCUUGGCAGUCUAACUCUAAGAUUACAUUCCAUUUGCUGACUGUUUUAUAACUGGGUUAUUUAACUGUCCUGUUUUUUUAUUGUCUUAUGUACAGGUAGUUCUAAUACCAACUCAAUGUUCUUUCAUGCCCACAAAAGUGUAAAGUAUGUCAAUCAAACUCAGGCAGAAGCUUGUCCUCAUAUAAGUUGAGAAAAAAUAAGUGUUACGUUUGUACUCUGCAAUCAAGACGUUUUUUUUUUUCUUUUUUUAUUCUUUAUAUAAGUGCAUUUAGAUAUAAAGCUAUUUGUAAAAAAAAAAUGCCAAAAAAGAAAGAAAAUCCCAGAACAGAUAUAUAAAAAUAUCUUUGCAUUGGCAUUAAAUGCACCAUGCAUUAUUUUUUGACUAUAAUCUGGAUGGUUUCACAUAUCCUAAUAUGGUUUCACAUAUCUUUUCUUUCCCAUUGUGCUUCUGUUAAAAUGCAUUCACUAGUACAAAAUGGCACCCCAACAGCUUUGCCUUAAUCAUGCCCUGUAUGUCUUACUGCUGUGGUCCAUGGUUUCAGUGUUAUCCAGCUGAUGUACACAACUGAUGCUUUGAUACCAGCAGGCAUGAUUGGCCAAGUAUGCCCAAAUCAAGAACCUUUUUCUUCUUGCUGUUUUCCGUCUCAAUCGUUGUUCGGAGUUGUAGUUGGCUUGACUAGAAUUUUGAAAACCUGAAAGAAUAAAAAUAGCUAAUCAAGAGAUUUA